GGAGCAGACGCGGGGCCGGUCGGGUCACGGCGGGUCAGUCAGACGGUGACAUCGGAGGGGUCGAGGGAGGGGCGGCAGCCAGCGGCGUUCUUCGCUCUCCGAUCUUUGACGGGAAGAAUCGUUUUACUGGCCGGCGAUGCGCCGUCCCCGGGUCAGCCAGCCGGCCCCCGCGGCUGCCAAGGGCCCGCCGGAUCCCGAGUGGGGCCUGAUCGACUCCAGUCUGGUGAUGUUGGUCAGCAUCAGCCUGGGCUUCAACUGGGCGCGCUGGUUCUGCGAGGGCGCCGAGGACGGCUGGCAGUUCAGCUGGCCGCUGCAGCUGGCGCUCUGCUGGUCGGCCUGGCCGCUGCGCAAACACCUGCCGCUGCCGGUGCUGGGCGUGCCGCUGGAGCGCGGCUACUCGCUGGCGGCGGCGCUGCUGCCGGCGCGCCCGCUCCGCUGGCUCUGUCCCGACCUGUGGCUGGCCCUGCUGCUGCUCUAUCGACUCGGACUGGCCAUGCCGCCUCUGAUGGCCGCCCGCAUCACCGAGCUGAGAUCGGCCACCAUGCAGUGCCUCCCAGAAAACUGGCAGCCCGACCAGCAAAUAGUCACCACUGUCGUCAAAAUUUAACGACCAACACCGGCGCUGGACCGACUAACACCGACAAGAGGCAGCUACUGUGCGCUUCGCCUGCCGCUCAGGAGCGGUGCAGCGAUACGCAUCUGAUCUCGACACUCCUUCAAAUGUCUUUCUCCGAUCUCAUCGUUUGAUCUCACCCGUCGUUUGGUUUGGCAUCAAUGCGUUGGUUCGCUUAUUUUACUCAUCACUUUUAUUAACAUUGACUGCUUUUUAUUCGUUUUAGACCACUGUUUUGGCGACUUUGUUAUUUCUGGCUUGUUUUACCUAUGCUUUUGGCACCGUUCCAGACAAAUCGUCUGUGAUCAUUGACGAAGCUGAAUAAAAAACUAAGCUUC